UUCAUAUCCCAUCUGUUUCUUGCACUUGCACUUGCCAAUGGCCCUGGACUUCUCUGCAUGAGCAGCCUUGUCGGGCACACAGGAAAGAAUGGUUGCUAUAUGUACUGUGGUUUGAAAGGACAAUGCAAGCCACAUGCCUCUCAAUACUACCCUGUCCUACUGAAGCCGAACAAUUACACCAUUGCAGGUUGCACACAUGAUGACAUUGACAUUGCCAAUCUUUCACAAGGCACCUCUGCACACUAUGUUGAGAAUCUCCAUAUCAUGAUGGCAUCAUGUACUCAAGCCCAAUAUGAAAGAAACCAUUUAGAUACAGGUAUUGUUGGUCCCAGCAUCCUCCUUGGACUCGAACUGGAUCACAUUCUGGGUGUACCUGAGUGCUUCUCCUCUGAGAUCAUGUAUUUCUCAGGCACUAACAUGGCAUCACUGUAUACAGAUCUUUGGCAGGGUGUUGCAGACUGU